AUGUGGGACCUCGAUAAUGCGGUACUGCAUAUCCCGGCACUUGGUGGGCGUUUCACGCUCGAAUUCGAUCUGCCAGACCAUCGUUGCCCACCUACGUCUGGAAUAACUAUCCAGCCAGGUCCACAAGACUGCAUUGUCGAGGACGCAGUCUUCCCUGCGAAGACCGUUCUCGAAAAAUGGGGCAGUUACUACCUCGUAGAAUGGGAGAACGAUGAGAUCACUUGGGUGACCAAAUCAAACGUCAGCGAGGACCUCGUCACCAACUUCGAGACGAACUACAAGGGUUUCGGGCCAGGAGUCCAAAACAUCGUCGCUUCACGAUGGAAGGGACGUCGUGAGCAGCUUCGGUUAGCUUGGCGCCAGCGUAAGUUGCAUGAGGCCUGCUGGGUUGACAAGAAGAAGUGGAAGUCGUCGCCGAAGAUGGGCAGGAAAAGGACGGCAGAGGAGAAGAGGAGAUAUGCUGAGGAGAAUGGCUUCAAUGACGAUGACACUGAUGUUGACGAUAAUCCUAUCCCACGGGAUGUCUUGGAUUACACCAAGGAAAGAUACGAUGUGCAAAUGGAGCUGUGGCUUGAGUACAAAACCACACACCCCGAAGCCACUCCCCACGAUUUGAAAACUCUGAAACAUUUCGCCGAGUUCAUGGCCAAGUCCAUCAAAGGGUUGCUCGAUCCAAACGGGAAGCCGACUGUUCAAACCGUACGGAACUACUUCCGAUGCUUCGUCUCCGGUUGGAAUAUAGACAAUCCCAAGUCCUUGAUUUCGAGAGAUCAUACAGAUUCCAUCACCAAUUACAUCAAGGGUCCAUUGAAAAAGAAACUCGGCUUGUCAACGGCCACGAGGCCAAGGACCUAUCUCACCCUCGAGAACUACAUGUACAUGGAGAGACAGCUCUGGCAGAGUGACGGCCAUGAAUAUGUCCACGACGGAUACCGGGUGCUCAUCAGUGCCAAGCUGAAGUGUCAUGUUUUCACGUCAGCCAGAGUAGGCGAGAUCACUAUCGAACAGGUCUUGGCCGUCAAACCGCCAACCGAUCAAAAGUACUGGGUUCUUGAAUGGGCCGAUCACGUCCACGCCCUGGAUCUCCCUGUCUUUCCGGAAAUGUCACCAGACGGUCCGACUCAGAAGAUCCAGUCGGCUUCUGCGUUCUGCACACAGGUCAGGCAAUUGUCACUACGGGCAGGAAUGGAACAGCUCGUGACAGUACACGGCAUCCGCCGGGAGAGCCUCAUCCAAGCUACAAGCAAUGGUUACUCGAAAGACGAGUUGAUGAAGUUCGCCGCACACACGAACCAAAUGACCAUGACUAGAGACUAUUUGAGCUCUAUCACUGUCGUGGAUGGUCUGGGAGGCUUCCUCAAACUGCCUCUUCGGAGCGACCAAGCCGAGGACUUCCGGUCUAUGACUGUGAAGAGAAACCCUGAACUUUUCCUGUCGAUGCCUGCAAAGACGCAGGACGAGCUAAGACAGAGGGAAGAUUACGUCGCCAUCACGAAGAAGCUCGAGGAUCUCUCUUUUGAGACGAACGCCGAAACUCGGACGGCUAUUAGGAAUCAACUUCUCAAGCAAAGACGCAUGCUUGAGAAAGAAGAGCUGAACAGAGUCCGCAGAUACAUAUUGACCACAGAUGGAAGCACGUCUUCGAAUGCUCCAUGGCGUACCACAAGGGAGGACACAAAUUCGUUGAAUUUUGCUCCAUAUGUCACCAUGCAGUGGCAGGCCUAA